CACUGCCACUCUGACACCCAGUCAUCAUCAUCAAUCGCCAUUAAAUCUGUCGCAUAACCCUUCAGUCAUCAUCCAGGGCUGGAGAAGAAAAGAAACAAAAGUCGGGCAUCUACCACUUAGGAAAAAAGAAAAAAGGAAACAAUGCCUACUUCGCUAGACUCAUCGCGCCCCAUCAUGGCAGCCUCCACUAUCGGAUCCAAUCGCGCCUCAGCGCGCUACAGCACGUAUAGCACAGCACCGUCGUUAGCUGCGACGGUACAGACGACCGACUCAGCGCAGGCCGAGAUCCGCGAUAUCGAGAGUGGGCUCGCCCGCAUGGAGAAUAAGGCCUUGUCGCAACAGCGUGUCGUCUUGUCAGAGGAGAAAUCAGCCAACCUCAACAAACUCGCUCUCGGGGCGAAGCUCGAUCGCGCGCUCGACCGUCGUAUGACGAGCCAAGACGCCGUCAUGAGACCUAGGAACAAAAGUCUCAACGAGAAAGGAGACCCGGAGAAGCAAACGUAAAUCCGCAACAAUCGAGGCGUAGGAAGUAAUCGGAUGUGUACCUAUGUAUGGAAGAAACCGGGAAAUUAGAGGAUGAUACCAUGCGAGAGAGCAACAACUACGAGUUGAAGUUUUUCCUAUCUUCUCAUCGCCGUUUCUCUUGAGCUAGCCAGUCUUGUAAUAGGUAGACCCCGAGGGGCGU